AUGGCCGGACGAAAGAAAGUUUUACUUAAAGUCAUCAUUUUAGGUGAUAGUGGUGUUGGAAAAACAAGUUUAAUGGGACAAUUUGUUUCACAUAAAUUUUCUAAUCAAUAUAAAGCAACAAUAGGUGCAGAUUUCUUAACUAAAGAAGUACAAAUUGAUGAUCGUCUAGUAACAAUGCAGAUAUGGGAUACAGCUGGACAAGAACGUUUUCAAAGUUUAGGUGUUGCUUUUUAUCGUGGAGCUGAUUGUUGUGUACUUGUUUAUGAUGUUACAUCGGCCAAUUCAUUUACCUCAUUGGAUAGUUGGCGAGAUGAAUUUCUUAUUCAAGCUGGACCUCGUGAUCCAGAAAAUUUCCCAUUUGUGGUUAUUGGUAAUAAAGUUGACCUCGACAAUCGUGUGAUUCAAUCACGUAAAGCACAAAAUUGGUGUUCAGAAAAAUCCAAUGUACCCUAUUUUGAAACAUCCGCUAAAGAAGGUAUCAAUGUUGAAAAAGCAUUUGAAACAGUUGCACGUAAUGCAUUAGCACGUGAAAAAGAUAUUGAUCAUCCGUCUGAUUUUCCAGCACCUAUUAAAAUACCUGAAAAUAAUCGACCAACACAAUCAAAUGGAUGUUCAUGUUAA